AUGAUGGAAACUGAAAGGCUUCGGAAACUCUUCAUAGGAGGCCUCAACACAGAGACUGAUGAAAAUACUCUUAAAGCGGUAUUUCGAUCAUUUGGACGCAUAUCACGAGUUCUUUUGAUAAAGGAUCGGGAAACCAGGAAGUCCAGAGGCUUUGCUUUUAUUAUCUUUGAAAGACCUGUAGAUGCGAAGGCUGCUGCCAAGGAGAUGAAUGGAAAGUCUUUGAACGGAAAAAGAAUUACAGUAGAACAAGCAAAGAGGCCAUCUUAUGAAAGCGGUAAAAAGCGAAGACGACCAGCUCUCUUGAGAAACAGACGCCGUAUGAGAAGAGCGAGGCGUGGAAGAGGCAAACAUAAUGGAGCGAGACAGCCUCCUUCACAUGGAAGACACUUGGAUGAUGGAGGAUAUAAUCAUAAUCGCAACUCGAGUUCUUUUGAGGGACUCUUCUCAGUUAAAAGAGGUCCUUCUUCACGAAGUGGCAGUCCUUCUUCUAAAAGAGCUGCUGCUUUUGCCCCUUCAAGAAGCACUGAUCGAGUGGGAAGACGAGAAUCACGAAGACGAGAGAAAUGCAGAAAACCUGUCUCUUCUUGGAGAAAUAUAUGUGUGUCACCAAGACAUAAAAGUUAUUCUACUGACAACAGUGAAUUAAGAUAUUCCAGCAGAGUCUAUGCAAGAUCUAGAUACACCAAAGAUCGUGCUUCACCAUCUAGAGGCUGUGAAUACCGCGAUGGUGGCCAUUACUUUUCUCCAAGUGAACAUUCCUCUAAGGCCUAUAGGUAA